AUGGCUUUAAAAGAUGAAAAAGAAGCUUCCUGGCAAUUCUGGGACAUUCCUUUUUCUGGAUUGGUACUAAGCUAUGAGGGAAUCAAAUACGGUUACGGUGAAUACAAUCGUUUUGUGUUUUAUGUAGGAGGAGGAAAUAUUGGAAAUAUUAUCAUUUUUCCCAUGCGAGGAACUCCAAAGCUGACAUCAACGAUUCUCAUUCGAAAACUUCCCAAUUACUUCACAAGCAAUGAAACGAUUCAUUUGGAGGCAGUUGGACAAACAAUUCCUAUGGAUUUCGCCGAAAAAUUGUUUCCUUCCGGAAGGAACAGUAUGAAUGAUACAAAGAAAAGGAUGAAUUCGGGGUUAAUAUACUUGGCCCUUUACGGACCAGACAGAACCUUAAUACAAGAAUUUGACUCUGAAGAUGCAGUUCUCAUAACUUUCAAACACUUCCGACCAUCCAAGGGACCAUCCUACGAAACUAUUUGGCAUAAGCUUUAUCCGGGAGAGAAGCCAACAGCGAUCCAAGGAACAGAAAUAUGUGCAUAUUGGAAUAUUGAAACUAAUGUUUUUAGGGAAUGGGACACAAAUGGAUGUCGAAAAUUGGAAUCUGGUCGCCUCAUCACCAAGUGCGUGUGCAAACAUUUGGCAGCUUUUACCUUGCUAACAAAUUGUCAUCAAUAUGAUGAGAAAGGAUUAAUGAUGGAGAUCAUAAGUAUCGUCUUCAGUUCCCUAAGCGUGAUCAGUUUAACGAUGACAUUAAUUGCUCUCCACUUUGUCGAGGGGAGUCAGGAACAGCGGAACUCGAUUGAAAAACACCUGUGUUUGUGUUUAUUAAUUGGACACGUAAUGGCGUUGGCUGUUUUAGACAGGUCAUAUUUCCAAUUGACUCAGGGAGUGUGUGUGGUAGUCGCUGUGUGUUUUCACUACAUUUUCCUCGCUGCAUUUAUGUGGAUGGCCGUCGAAGGGCAUCAUUUAUACCGCAUGGUGGUGCGUGUUUUCGACUCAGGUCGUGAUUUCUCGAAAAUAUACAUCUACUCAGGGUACGGCGUUCCUCUUGUCAUUGUGGGAAUUACGUGUACCAUCACAACUUCCCUCCAAGACAAUGGAUAUGCCAAUGAUGAAUUGUGCUGGCUGUCGACACCUAUUUAUAUUUGGGCGUUUAUGGGACCUGUUGUGAUUCUUACAUUGAUCAACCUAGUUGUGCUAGUUUUUGCCAUGAAGGUAGCUGUUACCGCAAGCACUAAACAAAUGCAAUCUUUCAGUGAACGCAUCAAAAUUUGGUUGAAGGGCUGGUUUUCCCUAUCAUCGCUGCUUGGUGUGACCUGGAUAUUCGGUUUUUUCUAUAUUCAAUUCGAUCACAACUUUGCCUACGCGUUUGUCACGUUAAAUGGGCUCCAAGGUAUCAUCAUGUUUUUGACCAGAGUCGUGUUCAAUGAGCAAGUUAAAUCUUCUAUCAAGAGCAAAACAAAACAGAAGAUAAUGAUGAAAGGCUUCUACAACUUCUUCGCAUGGAACCGGAAAGAAAGCAAAGCAAAGAUCUCUCUUCAACUCUCACCGCGGGUUUCUAGGAAUUCUUUGCAGCCCAACGAGGCAUGCUCAGCCUCGGCAAUUCGCUUUGGUGAUACGACCUCACGAUGUCGGUCCAGCACGAAACAUUCCCUCUCGAAUGACAGCAACAUUUCCACCAUGGACAGCAAGCAAAACGUGAAUCCAUUUCGGCCUAUGACGUCAAGUUGCAAAUCUUUACCCUCCGAUAAUUGCGCUACACAGAGUGAUAAGUGCCGAGAGCUAGUUUGCAAUGAAGAAGUCAUCAAGUAUGCCUUACAAGUGUGUUGGAUGUCCCCCAGCAUUAACGGAACCCCCAAAAACAACGGAACCCCCAACAGCACGAUGUUCGUCUGGUUGUGA